AUGAUGGUACCAAAGUGGCGAAUCGCCAUCGGCUGCGAUGACGCGGGUGUCAACUACAAGAACAAGAUCAAGGCCGACUUCGAGGCCGACGACCGCGUGGUAUCGGUGAUAGACGUCGGCACGGACGACAAGACCGCCUAUCCACACAUCGCCGCCAAAGCGGCCAAGCUGGUUGCGUCUGGCGAAUGCGACCGAGCGCUCCUGAUCUGCGGCACCGGGCUCGGCGUGGCCAUCUCGGCCAACAAGAUCAAGGGCAUCCGGGCGGUCACUGCACAUGACAGCUUCUCGGUGGAGCGGGCGGUUCUCAGCAACAACGCGCAGGUCCUGUGCAUGGGGGAGAGAGUGGUGGGAUUGGAGCUGGCCCGGAGGCUAGCCAAGGAGUGGCUGGGAUAUGUGUUCGACGAGAGCAGCCCCAGCGCGGCCAAGGUGGCGGCCAUUCACCAGUACGAGGAGGGCGAAGGGGGGUUGUCUGGACACGAAGAGGUCCGGGCCUGCUGA